AUGUCCAAAGUUAAUAAGUCUCAAUUACGAAAACUGAACACAGACAAUCAAAGCAUACUCACAAAUUUGGAUUUAACUGGUUUAAUAGACAAUGUUGUUAAGCAUGCCAAAUCCAGAAUGUCUUCAUCCAAUAAUAAUAACUCUGGAUUUGAAUUGCAAAUGAACUUUGGAUCUGGGUUGCAAGAACCUGAAUUGCAAGAAUCUGAAUGUAUGCCUAGUGCUUAUGAAAAAUCAGAUUCAGAAUUAUCAGAAGAAUUUGGAUCUGAAAUAGAAUCAAAGUUUAAAAGUAAAAAUGAAAACCAAAUAUGUCAAUUUAAAAUUUUUAAUUUUCUUUAUUAUAUUCUAAACCUUUAUUGA